AUGAGUACAGAAAGAGACUCAGAAACGACAUUUGAUGAGGAUUCUCAGCCUAAUGACGAAGUGGUUCCCUAUAGUGAUGAUGAAACAGAAGAUGAACUUGAUGACCAGGGGUCUACUGUUGAACCAGAACAAAACCGAGUCAACAGGGAAGCGGAGGAGAACCAGGAGCCAUUCAGAAAAGAAUGUACAUGGCAAGUCAAAGCAAAUGAUCGCAAGUACCAUGAACAACCUCACUUUAUGAACACAAAGUUCUUUUGUAUUAAGAAGAGUAAAUAUGCGAAUAAUGCAAUUAAAACAUACAAGUACAACGUACUUACCUUUAUACCAAUGAAUCUGUUUGAGCAAUUUAAGAGAGCAGCCAAUUUAUAUUUCCUGGUUCUUCUUAUCUUACAGGCAAUUCCUCAAAUCUCUACCCUGGCUUGGUACACCACACUAGUGCCCCUGCUUCUGGUGCUGGGCGUCACCGCAAUCAAAGACCUGGUGGACGAUGUGGCUCGCCAUAAAAUGGAUAAGGAAAUCAACAAUAGGACGUGUGAAGUCAUUAAGGAUGGCAGGUUCAAAGUUGCCAAAUGGAAAGACAUUCAAGUUGGAGACGUCAUUCGUCUGAAAAAAAAUGAUUUUGUUCCAGCUGACAUUCUCCUGCUGUCUAGCUCUGAGCCUAACAGCCUCUGCUAUGUGGAAACAGCAGAACUGGAUGGAGAAACCAAUUUAAAAUUUAAGAUGUCACUUGAAAUCACAGACCAGUACCUCCAAAGAGAAGAUACAUUGGCAACAUUUGAUGGUUUUGUUGAAUGUGAAGAACCCAAUAACCGACUAGAUAAGUUUACGGGAACACUAUUUUGGAGAAACACAAGUUUUCCUUUGGAUGCUGAUAAAAUUUUGUUACGUGGCUGUGUAAUUAGGAACACCGAUUUCUGCCAUGGCUUAGUCAUUUUUGCAGGUGCUGACACUAAAAUAAUGAAGAAUAGUGGGAAAACCAGAUUUAAAAGAACUAAAAUUGAUUACUUGAUGAACUACAUGGUUUACACGAUCUUUGUUGUUCUUAGUCUGCUUUCUGCUGGUCUUGCCAUCGGCCAUGCUUAUUGGGAAGCACAGGUGGGCAAUUACUCUUGGUACCUCUAUGAUGGAAAAGACGAUACACCCUCCUACCGUGGAUUCCUCAAUUUCUGGGGCUAUAUCAUUGUUCUCAAUACCAUGGUACCCAUCUCUCUCUAUGUCAGCGUGGAAGUGAUUCGUCUGGGACAGAGUCACUUCAUCAACUGGGACCUGCAAAUGUACUAUGCUGAGAAGGACACACCUGCAAAAGCUAGAACCACCACACUCAAUGAACAGCUCGGGCAGAUCCAUUAUAUCUUCUCUGAUAAGACGGGGACACUCACACAAAAUAUCAUGACCUUUAAAAAGUGCUGUAUCAACGGGCAGAUAUACGGGGACCAUCGGGAUGCCUCUCAACACAACCAUAACAAAAUAGAGCAAGUUGAUUUUAGCUGGAAUACAUAUGCUGAUAGGAAGCUUGCAUUUUAUGACCACUAUCUUAUUGAGCAAAUCCAGUCGGGGAAAGAGCCGGAAGUACGACAGUUCUUCUUCUUGCUCGCAGUUUGCCACACGGUCAUGGUAGAUAGGACUGAUGGUCAGCUCAACUACCAGGCAGCCUCUCCAGAUGAAGGUGCUCUGGUAAACGCUGCCAGGAACUUCGGCUUUGCCUUCCUCGCCAGGACCCAGAACACCAUCACCAUCAGUGAGCUGGGCACUGAAAGGACUUACAAUGUUCUUGCCAUUUUGGACUUCAACAGUGACCGGAAACGAAUGUCUAUCAUUGUAAGAACCCCAGAAGGCAAUAUCAGGCUUUACUGUAAAGGUGCUGACACAGUUAUUUAUGAACGGUUACAUCGAAUGAAUCCUACUAAGCAAGAAACACAGGAUGCCCUGGAUAUCUUUGCAAAUGAAACUCUUAGAACCCUAUGCCUUUGCUACAAGGAAAUUGAAGAAAAAGAAUUUGCACAAUGGAAUAAAAAGUUUAUGGCUGCCAGUGUGGCCUCCACCAACCGGGACGAAGCUCUGGAUAAAGUAUAUGAGGAGAUUGAAAAAGACUUAAUUCUCCUGGGAGCUACAGCUAUUGAAGACAAGCUACAGGAUGGAGUUCCAGAAACCAUUUCAAAACUUGCAAAAGCUGACAUUAAGAUCUGGGUGCUUACUGGAGACAAAAAGGAAACUGCUGAAAAUAUAGGAUUUGCUUGUGAACUUCUGACUGAAGACACCACCAUCUGCUAUGGGGAAGAUAUUAAUUCUCUUCUUCAUGCAAGGAUGGAAAACCAGAGGAAUAGAGGUGGAGUCUAUGCAAAGUUUGCACCUCCUGUGCAGGAACCUUUUUUUCCACCCGGUGGAAACCGUGCGUUAAUCAUCACUGGUUCUUGGUUGAAUGAAAUUCUUCUCGAGAAAAAGACCAAGAGAAGUAAGAUUCUGAAGCUGAAGUUCCCAAGAACAGAAGAAGAAAGACGGAUGCGGACCCAAAGUAAAAGGAGGCUAGAAGCUAAGAAAGAGCAGCGGCAGAAAAACUUUGUGGACCUGGCCUGCGAGUGCAGCGCAGUCAUCUGCUGCCGUGUCACCCCCAAGCAGAAGGCCAUGGUGGUGGACCUGGUGAAGAGGUACAAGAAAGCCAUUACGCUGGCCAUCGGAGAUGGGGCCAAUGAUGUGAACAUGAUCAAAACUGCCCACAUUGGCGUUGGAAUAAGUGGACAAGAAGGAAUGCAAGCUGUCAUGUCGAGUGACUAUUCCUUUGCUCAGUUCCGCUAUCUGCAGAGGCUACUGCUGGUGCAUGGCCGGUGGUCUUACAUAAGGAUGUGCAAGUUCCUACGAUACUUCUUUUACAAAAACUUUGCCUUUACUUUGGUUCAUUUCUGGUACUCCUUCUUCAAUGGCUACUCUGCACAGGAUGUGAGUGACAAACUGAGCCUCCGAUUCCCUGGGUUAUACAUAGUGGGACAAAGAGACUUACUAUUCAACUAUAAGAGAUUCUUCGUAAGCUUGUUGCAUGGGGUCCUAACAUCGAUGAUCCUCUUCUUCAUACCUCUUGGAGCUUAUCUGCAAACCGUAGGGCAGGAUGGAGAGGCACCUUCUGACUACCAGUCUUUUGCUGUCACCAUUGCCUCUGCUCUUGUAAUAACAGUCAAUUUCCAGAUUGGCUUGGAUACUUCUUAUUGGACUUUUGUGAAUGCUUUUUCAAUUUUUGGAAGCAUUGCACUUUAUUUUGGCAUCAUGUUUGACUUUCAUAGUGCUGGAAUACAUGUUCUCUUUCCAUCUAUAUUUCAAUUUACAGGCACAGCUUCAAACGCUCUGAGACAGCCAUACAUUUGGUUAACUAUAAUCCUGACCGUUGCCGUGUGCUUACUGCCCGUCGUUGCCAUCCGAUUCCUGUCAAUGACCAUUUGGCCAUCAGAAAGUGAUAAGAUCCAGAAGCAUCGCAAGCGGUUGAAGGCGGAGGAGCAGUGGCAGCGGCGGCAGCAGGUGUUCCGCCGGGGCGUGUCAUCGCGGCGCUCGGCCUACGCCUUCUCGCACCAGCGGGGCUACGCGGACCUCAUCUCCUCCGGGCGCAGCAUCCGCAAGAAGCGCUCACCGCUUGAUGCCAUCGUGGCCGAUGGCACCGCGGAGUACAGGCGCACCGGGGACAGCUGAUCCCUCACCCCCAGGCCGGGACGCGGCCACAGAGCACGUCUAUUUUUUUAUGAAAGAUUCUCAGGACUUCGUGUGUGUGUGUGUGUGUGAAUUGCAUUCGUCACAAAGAUAUUGAAGACAAUAAAUAACCUUUAUAACAAACUCCUUGGGUUGAACUAUUAAACAAUAGCAGAGCCAAGAAAUAGGACUUUUAAAAGUUCUAUUAUUCGGCUGGGCGUGGUGGCUCAUGUCUGUAAUCCCAGCACUUUGGGAGGCUGAGGAGGGGAGAUUACCUGAGGCGUGGAGUUCGAGACCAGUCCAGCCAACAUGGUGAAACCCUGUCUCUACUAUAAAUUAAAAAUGAGCCGGGCUUGGUGGUGGGCACCUGUAAUCCCACCUGUUUGAGAGGCUGAAGCAGGAGAAUCGCUUGAACCUGGGAGAUGGAGGUUACAGUGAGCCAAGACUGUGCCACUGCACUCUAGCCUGGGUAACAGAGCAAGACUAUGCCUUAAGAAAAAUUUAAAAAUAGGCCGGGCACGGUGGCUCAUGCCUGUCAUCCUAGCACUUUGGGAGGCCAAGGCGGGUGGAUCACUUGAGGUCAGGAGUUUCAGACCAGCCUGGCCAACACAGUGAAACCCCGUCUCUACUAAAAAUAUAAAAAUUAGCUGGAAAUUGCUUGAACCUGGGAGGUGGAGGUUCCAGUGAGCCGAGAUCGUGGCACUGCACUCCAGCCUGGGCAACAGAGUGAGACUCCAUCUCCAAAAAAAUGUUUUUAAAUAAUAAUAAAAGUCCUAUUAUUCAACUGGUUAUGUACACUAUGGUUGAAAGGGAACAUUCUAAUCCGGUCUCAAUCCAGGGCAAUAGAAUUACAAAGCAUGUUGUAUUUCAGUUCAAAUGGUAUUGUAUUAUAAAAUUAGUUACAUUUUCCUUUGUGAUCUUCAGCAUAAUUUCCCAGAGGCUCCUUUUUACCCUCCAUAGGCCACCUUAACAUAUUUUUAAAUUUAUAGUAGUAAUGACAAAUGACAUCAGUGUUCAUCAUCUGAAAGCUAAGUGGUUCAAUCACUUUUUCAAAGUUGAUAGUAGAUUGCAUGGUUUCAUGUUCUCCUCACAUUGGUUUAAUAAUUCUAUUUAAUCAAGGAAAAUAACUUCAGAUUCCAUAAAGUUUCAGUUUAUUUUUGGUUUACUACUGGGUGAGACAGCACAUUACACACUUUUACUAUCAAAUAUUAUUUUAGCAGCUUCCCAUAGUACCAAAUGAUUUAAUUCCCUACUCUCAUUUUUUAAAGCAUCUAAAUAUUUCUGGGCUUAAAAAAAGGGUUUUUAAAAACUGAGGAUAUCAGUAAUAAAUUGCAGAAUAUUUUGUAAAGCUUUCUUUUGGAAAGCAAACUUUUGUGCCUGCCUAUAUAUAAAGUAUUUUAUAAGGGACUUGAACAGAGACCUCACUCUUUUUCACUUGUCUUAUGUCUUGAGAGAAAAGGCUAUUGGCAGCCACAUUCCUAAGACUGGGGAAUGGUGUGUCCUUUUAAAUUUGAAGAUAACUGUAGGUAAUUAUGGAAACUUCUCAAAGAGGUAAAAGUAAUUUUUUUCCAGACAUUUUUCUCAUUCUGUGUCUUUCACACACUAGUUUCCAUAGUUCAAAAAUUCUGUUUUUUACCAUCGGGCUGUGAAUGUUCACAAUAUCAGUCCCGUUGAAUUCCUAUGAGGUAAUCACAAUGUGUAUAUAGUUCAUUUUCUAGGUUUGAUAAAAGAAUGUAUGGCUUUUUAUUCUGUGGAAGUAAAAUGCUGAACGUUUACAACUUUUCCUUGUAAAUAAAAAAUUGUAAGUUUUUUUUUUUUUUACAGAAAAGUUAGCUUGUGUAAUUCUGUUAGUUUCAGAUUUCUCUCCUGUUUUCACAAAUUGUGGGAAAGAUUGACAAUGCAAAUGUGUCAAAGACAUACUGUUGGGUGCAAUACUAACAAUUUUAAAAUGCAAAUUUCUUUGGAUAAAUUAUUUCUAUAUUCUGUAAAUCUGAGAUUUAAUGUAUAUUUUGUUAAAAAAAUGAUUUAGUAAAAUCUUUGAAAAGUAUAAUCUUCUAAAGUA